GAGGAGGAGGGGCCCCGCAGCCAGGCAAGUUCCUUGGCAUUUAAAGUAGCUACUGUCACACAAGCCGCUCCAGCUCUGCUCUCGAGGCACCUGAAACACACUCUGGGACUGAGUCCUGACCCUCCAAAUUUGGGAGCAUCUCCCAGACUCUGCAGACAGCAAGCCCUGUUCCCUGUCACACAGGUCACAUGGGUCCCGGGGUCACCAGUCUGUGGAGCGGCCGGUUCUCAGGCUUCCGGGUGAGGACUUGGAUCGAGCCUGUGGUGGCCUCAACCCAGGUGGCAGGCUCCCUCUACGACGCAGGACUACUCCUGGUAGUGAAGGAGUCCUUCGCGUCUGAGGCUGGAGGCACCUCUAAUUACAGUGUCAACCAGUCGCUGGGGGGGCAUCAGGAAGACCAACAGCAGAAGGCUAUCUCUAAUUUCUACAUCAUUUACAACCUCGUGGUGGGCCUGACGCCCCUGCUGUCCGCCUAUGGACUGGGCUGGCUCAGUGACCGCUACCACCGUAAGAUCUCUAUCUGCACAGCGAUGCUGGGCUUCCUGCUGUCCCGCAUCGGACUCUUACUCAAAGUGAUGCUGGACUGGCCAGUGGAGGUGAUGUACGGAGCAGUGGCGCUCAAUGGGCUAUGCGGAGGCUUCUCCGCUUAUUGGUCAGGGGUCAUGGCUCUGGGAUCCCUGGGCUGCUCCGAAAGCCGCCGCUCUGUGCGCCUCAUCCUCAUCGAUUUAGUCCUGGGCUUAGCCGGGUUCUGUGGUAGCAUGGCUUCGGGGCAUCUCUUCAAGCAAAUCGUUGGGCACUCUGCUCAAGGCCUCCUGUUAACUGCCUGCAGCGUUGGCUGUGCUGCGUUUGCCCUUUUCUACAGCCUCUUUGUGCUGAAGGUCCCCGAGUCUAAGCCCAACAAGGUGCACCCCACUGUAGAUACAGUGUCUGGCAUGAUGGGCACCUAUCGAACCCUGGAUCCAGAUCAACAAGACAAUCAGAAUGUACCAGGGAACCCUCCGACUCUUGGGAAAGGGAACCCUUCCAAAGCCAUUGUUGCUCUGCUGUUUGUGGGUGCCAUCGUCUAUGACCUGGCUGUUGUGGGCGCGGUAGAUGUCAUGCCCCUUUUUGUGCUAAAAGAGCCGCUCCAUUGGAACCAAGUGCAGCUGGGCUACGGGAUGGCUUCUGGGUACAUAAUCUUCAUAACCAGCUUCUUGGGGGUCUUGGUCUUCUCCCGCUACUUCCGGGACACCACGAUGAUCAUAAUUGGGAUGGUUUCCUUUGGGUCUGGAGCCCUUCUGUUGGCCUUUGUGAAGGAGACAUACAUUUUCUACAUUGCCCGAGCCGUCAUGUUGUUUGCACUUAUUCCGAUCACAACCAUCCGGUCAGCCAUGUCCAAACUCAUAAAGGACUCUUCCUAUGGAAAGAUUUUUGUCAUACUGCAGCUGUGCCUAGCUCUGACUGGGGUGGUGACAUCCACGAUAUAUAACAAGAUCUAUCAGCUUACGCUGGACAAGUUUGUUGGCACCUGCUUUGUACUAUCGGCUUUUCUCUCCUUCUUGGCCAUUGUCCCAAUUGGUGUCGUGGCCUACAAACAAGUCCCGAGGUCACAACAGGGAGAGCGUGCAGAGAAACAGAGAAGCUGAAAAUGCCAGCGGUAACCAGGUUCUGCCUGCGAAACCCAAGUUCCAGUCUUCCGAUUACCUGCUUCGGCCUGCGGGUCCCUGGUGGGAGGGAAAAUCACUUUCGGGGUGUUGGAGAUUUCCUACUUGUCAGAUGCCUCUGUCAGGCAGAGGUUGAGGUCUGUGUGUGCCAGCUGCUUGCUCAGGCAUUCUAGAUCCAGGAGAGCUUCAGGCUCCAGCCAGCCAGCCCCUUUCUUCCAUCGCUGUCUUAAGGCACAUGGGAACUGUGCUAGAAGUUCUAUGGAAGACUGUGACUAAAGCCUAAAUUUAACCAACCCAAGGGGGAUGAACAUCAGACGGACAUUUUGUAAAAACUGACAACAGUUUUGUAUGCAUUGACAAGUUUUUAAAUUCAUGUAAAAUCUUGAAGGAAAAAAAAAAGUUUUCUUGGCUGAGCCUUCCUCGGCUGGAACGAGAGCAAUGAAGUGCAAGGUGGUGCUUGCUUUUGCUGCCUUUGUUGCUUUUAAAAACAAAGAUCAGGACUGGAGCUGCAGCUCAGUUGGUGGAGUGUUUGACUGGCAUGCAUGGAGCCCUGGGUUCAAUCUUCCGCACCACGGAAGCCAGGCAUGGUCACUUACACCUAUAAUCCCAGCACUUGGGAGGGUAGAGGCAGAGCACAAUCCUUAGCUGCAUUGCCGGUGUGAGACCAGCGAGGAAUACACAAAAU